AUGCCAAAUAAUAUUUUGAUUUUUUCAAUAUUUCUUUGCAAUUUUGUGACUUCUGAUCUUUAUUAUGAUUAUUUCAAAGAGUGCGUUCAAAUUUAAACUUUGAAUUUUUUUGAAAAAAUUAAUUUCAGGUCAAAUAGAAGUCAUUUCCACGAACUCGUGGAACCUUGCGAUAAUUUCUAUCGUCAUGUUUGUCAGGAAAAUUUGAAAGAAUCUUUUGAUGAAUUCAUGUAUCGUAAUGCUUUCCAAACAAUCAGCAGAAUCAAUUAUUUCCCAAAAAAUUCUGAAAUUGCCUAUUUUCUAAGUAUCCUCGAAACCCCUGCGAAGAUUUUGAGCUCAAAAUUCUGGCGUCAAAUUUUACUUGAAUUCGAUGCGAUUUGCAAAUUGCCUAGGGAACAUUCGAAUAUUUUUCUGAAAAAAAUUAUCGAUGUUUUGCCGGAUGAAUUUGAGGAAACGAGAAAUUGUAUUAGGGAUUUGCAAAAAUUGAGAAUUUGUAAACAUCAGAAGAAAGAAUUGGAGAAAUGUGUGAGGAAUUAUCCGAUUGAUGAAGAGGUGGGUAACAAUUUUGAGACUUUUUGGAUUGAAUUAAAAACAUUGCUCAGGUUUGAAAAAUAAAUAAGAUGUUUUUGAUGUGGUGCUUUUGAUUUUUCAAAAAAAUCCCAAAAAAUUGACAAAAUUUCAAAAAAAAAUUCCAAGUGACACUUUUGAAAACAAUUAUCCAACAACAGAAAUCGUAAAUUUGAAAUAUCACAACUUGGUGAAACGUACCUCACCCACUUUUUUGAAUUCAAAAAACAUUCGCGCCUAAAAUUGUCUCGUGAGAUGUUUUAAACUGAAGAUGUCCCAAGUUGUACAUUAAAAUUUCCGCUUUAAAAAAAAUUUCGUGCGUUAAAACUUUUUUUCAUCAAAAAAAUCUGAAAUUUUCAUUUUCAUCAAAAAAAUCUGAAAAUCAUAUUUUUGAAACAGUAAACAAAUUCACUGUUUCAAAAAUUUUAUAAUUUUUCGAAUUUUUUCAUGUCAUUUAAUAAAACCACUUAUGAAUUCCAUGAACAAUGAAAAAAGUUGCAAAUUAAUACAAAUUUUUUCAAAAUUUUCUAGAUUUCAACCCAUCUCCAAGAAUUAUACGAACAUACUUUAUACCGUGUCAAAAUUCACACGUGGAUUUUGAAAAAAGGUCAAAAUGCUAUGAAAAAGACUUCAGAAAUUAGUGAAGGAUACAAAACAUCGAGCGAUUCAUUUGAUAAAAGUUAGUUUAUCCUUUUUGAUUUUCAGAAAAAAAAUCUGAAAUUCAGGAAACACCUUGGCUCAAAACAACUAAAAAAGUGCAAUUAUUUCGAGAAAUCAUUGAAGAUAUUGAAUUUCACGAGACACAUGGAAAAUCGAGACUUGAAGCGGAACAAAAUCUGAAAAGAGCUGCAACUAAAUUCUCACUUUGUCUCAAAUAUCUUGUAAGGAGAAAUAAGGCAAUUUCGGAUUUGAUUUGUAUUUUGGAAUUAAAGGAACUUGGGAUGAAAAAUGAUAUUGUUGAUGAGGGUUAUCAAGCGACUUUUUAUGGACAGAAUAUUACAUUGGGAGAAGUUUAUUAUUUUUUGGCGGCGAAAAUUAAGGAUCCUACGGUUUUUGUGAGUUUUCAAUUUGAAAAAUGUUGAAAUUUUCUGCAAAAAAUUGUUCAUUGUAUAUUUUUCACUGUUUCAAAAAAUAUGAAGGACAAAAUCAAAAUUAUAGUCAGAAUUUUGAAUUGAGCAAUUUUUUCCUCUCUCGAAAAAAUUCACUGUUUCAAAAUUUUUCAAAAAACUCGGAUUUUCUUGGUUUUUUGCUUGGCAGUUACAAUAAUACGGGAAAAAAUGCCAAUUUUCAUUCGAAAUUUUUUCACUGUUUCAGAAUUCAAAGAUCAAUUUAGGAUUUUUAGAAAAAUUAUUGCUUCCUCAAAAUUGUUUAGUACUAUUGCUUCACUGAUUAAAAUGAACCGAAAUAUUGAAAAAAUUCACUGUUUCAAAAUUUAUUAUAUUUCGAAAAUAGGAAAAAAAAUGAAUGAAAAAUCAAAAUUAUAGUCAGAAAUUUUAAAUUGAGCAAUUUUUGUUCAAAAAAAUUCACUGUUUCAAAAUUCAUACGAGGUUUGUAGAUUCUAUUAGAAUUUUUUUCUCUCUCGAAAUAAUUCACUGUUUCAAAAUUCUUCAAAAAACACGGAUUUUCUUGGUUUUUUUGCUCAUUAGCUGCAUUCGGUGCAAAAAUUGUUGAAAAAAUGCCAAUUUUCAUUCGAAAUUUUUUCACUGUUUCAAAAUUCAAUGAACAAUUUUGUUUGCCUCAAAAUUGUUUCGUACUAUUGUUUCACUGAUAAAAGUUAACUGAAAUAUUAAAAAAAAUUCACUGUUUCAAAAUUUAUUCAUGAAUUUCAUAUUUUUUCGAAGAAUUUGUUCUAUAAAUUCUAUACAUUCUGCCAAAUUAGAAAUUUCAAUUUUUCACCCAAAAUCUCUUGCAGAUGGGUAUUUCAAGUGCAAUUGGUCAUGAAAUCGGUCACGGCAUCAUAAUGAGUGACGCGGACAUCGAACAAAAUCCAGAUUUAUAUUAUUUCCCCAAAAAAAUCGAGAGAUGUGUUCAAAACCAUUUUCAAUACACUUGCAAUGCUUUUAAUGAGGUGCGGUUUUUUUUGUUGAAAAAAGUCAAUAAAAAUUGUUUCUUAUAAUCAGGGAGAUUGCACAACUUCUCGAAAAUUCGAAGAAAAUGGCGCAGAUUUGAUAGGUUUUCAAUUAUCCUACGAUGUUUUUCGAAUGCAGAAGUUUGAUGUGGAUUCCGAAGAUGAGAAUCGAUUGUUUUUCUAUGCUUUUGCAGCCGCCUGGUGUCAGGUGAGAUUUUGAGAACCAAUUUUCAGCGCUGAUUUCGAAACCUAUAUUUUCAGCCGGAAACUAAUCAAGAUUCCGAACAUUCUCCUGAAAAUAUUCGAGUGAAUGCAGUCGUCUCACAAAUUCCAGAUUUUCAAAAACUUUUCAAAUGUUCGAAUGAUUCACCGAUGAUUUCGAUAAGAAAACAACAAUGUCAUUUGUUUGGAAGAAGAGCUCCACGAUAA